AUGGAAGCAGUCAAGGUGGACGGUCUUCAAAUGGAUUCCCCCCCAGUGGAAACCUGCGUUUUUAAAAAAUGGCGUCAUAUCAGAAGAAAGAGAAAAGGGAAAGGGAAGCACAAGGCCUCCACACACCUUCAGAAGUGGACCCUCCUUAACUGGAGACAUUCAAGCAAAGAGACAACCGCGUCGACAGAGAGGUCCAAAUGGGACACACUGAAAAGCGCAGCUAUCACCCCAUACUGUAAGGAAAAAAUAAAACCAAGGGGUGAGAGAACAUUCGUUUUGAGAAAGACACGGAGGCGAAGCAGCAUGGGUGCCAAGGGAACCAAAAGGAGUGAAAACAAAGACGAUAUUUUUUUGAAAAAAAAAGUGAACAAUUCGAAGCUGAUACUGCUGUUAGCAAAAUAUGUGCACUCCUGGGACAUAUCGAGGAAGAGUUCCACCGAGGCAAAUUUUUACAGCGACUCGACAUGCGCGUCGUCCAAAAAAAAUGUGGACAUUUGGAAGGACAAAAAGGAGAAAGAAAACCUUUACUCCCACAGAGUUAUCAAAAAGUGGAGACCCAACUGGAGGUACGAAAAAGAAAGGGACUUAAAUUUUAUCAAUCAUGUAACCUGCAACGCGACUGUGGAAGUUCACUCCCUCUUUACCUUCUUUUGCACAAAAUUAAAAAUUAAAGAUAAGGCAUAUUUUGACAGUAAAAAUGUGUUAAGUAAAAUCUCCUCUAAAGAGAAAAGCUCUGGGAUUAAGAUGCAGGGCGGCAGGGACUAUUCUACGAAGCUAAAAAAUCAGUACAUCCCAAAAGAUAAGGUAAAAAUAAUGAGCGACAUUAGGGGAAAACCUAGCAAAGCUCCUCCCCCUUACAGGGCGCAAAGCACGGGGACCGAGAACGAUGAACAGGAGUGGGGGGGAAAUGAACAGCACCCCGUUGAGGAUACUAAUAAAGGUAAUAGGAGUGAGAAUGCUACGAAAGCUUCUCAGAUCGACGGGGGAAAAGAACCUCCCGACGGGAACGACCAGUCAGAAUUGAAUGAAAACCAAUUUGUAGAUGAAUUUGACGAUUUCGACGAUUUAGACAGCGACGGAAAUAAAAAAGAAAAGACUUACUACACAGACAGAUGCAUUCUGGACAGGAGUGUCAAAAGGAUUUCCAUCCUGGAGAAGUUAAAUGUAGGACUGGAGGAUAAACAAAAUGGGAAGGGCAAUCCGCAGGGAGUGAAAAAGGAGGUGCUGAAUUACAAAAAUGGGAAAGUAUCAGCGAAUUCCUAUGCAAAUAAAGCGGAGUUAAUGCAGAAAGAGUUUCCCAAUAAGGAAAAGGUGAGCCCUCACGUCGGUAUAGCCGAGGGGGGGGGAGAGAUCGCCAAUUUGGAGGAAUCACACGAUGCGAGUGGGCCCACUAGCGGCGAUGUCGGCGAUGUCGGCGGAAAGGGCCGCGAUAACAGCGAUAACGGCGGCAGAAGCGGCAACAGGAAAGAGGGGGCAUACCCAAUAGAAAAUUACAAAAUGCAUCCCCCGAGGAAGGGGUCCAUCAAGAGCCCACCGACGGGGGAGGAGGUCGCCAUGGACGCCCAGCCGAAGAGGCCAAGAGGCCCCCCGGUGAAUGGGCAAACGGGCUACGCCAAUAGCGGCCAAAUGGGGUACGCUAAUAACGGUCAAAUGGGGUACGAUAAUAACCGCCAAAUGGGAUAUGCCUAUAACGGCGUAAUGGAGUAUAACCCAUAUGGUGCCCCAAAUUAUCAAAUGAAUUAUGGAGGAAAUUUCACCGUGAGCGAGUCGGCUACUUUCCCUGUGAACGCGCCAGCUAACUGUCUGACGAACGAGUCGGCUAAUUUCCCGGUGAGUAACGAGGUUGGAAUUUACCCCAACUACACGAAUUACCCCAAUUAUGGCGAUUACCCCAAUUAUGGGAAUUACUCCAAUUACGGGAAUUACUCCAAUUACGACAAUUGUGAGAGUUACCCCCAGUGGGGAAAUUACCCACGGUACGGUAACAUGGGCGUGGGUCCUGCCGAGGGGGGAAUCAGGCCAAGGCAAAACAACAUCAACGGGACGAACCUAGUGGAGUAUAAUAACCAGGGGAAGGUGAAGUACGACGAAGACUUCACACUGAACUAUAUUCUUCGAAAGUGUGAAGACGACGAUAAGUUCUUCUGCAGCAACGAUGAGGAUAGUGCAAAGAAUGAGACAGGGAACAAAAACGAGUUGAAGAAAUACACACAAGGCAUGAAUAGGCUAGUAGAACAAAUGUACUUUUAUGAUAAUUUUUACGACGAAUUCAAAAUAUGUGAGGAGAAAAAAGAAGAUUCGAACGUCACUCAUACCAUUAUCGACACGUCCUUAAAUUUAAAUGUGAUUGAUGUGAUUGAUGAAAUGCAGAAAGGGAGCAAAGACAACCAGGAGCUGAUUUCCCAGAUGGGGGUAAAAAUUAAUGAGCUAGAAAAAAAUGUCGAAGAAUUAAAAAAACAAAAUCAAAUCAAUGACAAGGGAAGGAAUAGCCAAGGGGAGGGAAACGGGGACGAGGAGAAGAAGAGCGCAAAGGAUGAAGCAGCCGAGAAGGGCAAGAAGUCCAAGAGAAGCGCAGUCAUACACAAACUGAAAAGAGAAAUUGAAAGAAUAAAGAAGGAAAACAUGAGGAAGAAAAAAAAAGCCAAAGAUAAGAGCAACGCGAAGGGGAAAGGAAAAGAUGGCGGGGCGACCAAAGAAGAAGCAGCGCCGAAAGGAGAUCAACCUGACACCAGCAAAGUGGAGAACCCCAACGAGGAUAAUCCCAACCAGGACACCCCCAACGAGGGCAACUUCAACCUGGAGAAUUUCAACCUGGACAAUCUUAUCAAGGCAGACCAACUGAACACCUUCAAAGAUGACAUUUUGAAAAACGUAUACUAUUACAUAUACGAAUCGUACGAUCAGAAGGACUUUGAAAUUUUGGAGAACCUUGCAAAGAAGCACAAGACGAAAGGGAGGAGAAUAACCUACGACGUGAAUUUGCCAAAGCACAACUUUAAGCACAAAAGGACAUCAAGCGCCUGGUUUUUAAACCCCUUGUAUGAAAAUUACAUGCUUGAAAAGGAGAAAAAAAAAAAAAAAACGAAAGGAGAUGAUUUGUCUAACUCAGCAUAUGACAAAGUGGAAUUUCUCUUCCACGCAUACGAACAGGAUAAUGUUGUAAAAUUAAAGGAAGAAAAUAAAAGUGUACCCAUGUCAGAAAUCAGGGAUAGCGAUUUUUCUUAUGAAAGUUUCAUAAGUGAGAAAAAAAAAAAAAUAAAAAGAGACAAAAUUGAUCUGAUCAAAAUGAAGAAUGAGAUUAUCCGGAAAAGGGGGAAAACUCUUACCCUCGAAAGGAGAGAAGCGGGGGUGAUGGAGAACUCCGUAAUGCCAACGUUAGACGGGGGAGUUACCGAGCGGUAUGGUACAGAAGCGAAACGAAGUCAGGAUCAUCCCCCGAAGGAUCCUCAAGAGGGGGAAGGAGAACCCACGCAGAACGACGCGGUGAAUGAUUUGUUCGUGGCGAUAAACAAUUACGUUCCAGAUAAGUCCCUAUUUGAUAUUUUCAAUUUUGGCUCGGAUCAUGAGAGUGUAGACAACACGGAGGGGGAUGACGGAUGCAAGGCGGAGAAAGGUGUGAUAAACCAAGACGGAUCUGCUCUAAAAGAAGAAUCAGUGAACAAAAUCCCCCCCGAAGGGAGAAAUUGCGUUGAAGAGGGCAGUGCCCCAAAAAAAGCACUAUCCGAAAGGGAAGACGUAGAUGUGGACAUAGAAAUUGAGAAGAAGCGGAAAGAGAAGGAACUGCUCGAACUGGAAAUAGAAAACGCUCGGAGAAAAAAAGAGUUGGAGGAAUUACAGCUGCAGCUGCUGGAAAGGAAGAAAGUGGCCCUGCUAGCGGAUAGGUCAGUCAGGGCGGGGAACAUGAGCGCAAAGGCAGAAGACGAAGCAGAGGUAGCAGGCGGAGCGGAGGUAGUAGACGGAGCAGAGAUUGCAGAAGGAGCAGAGGUAGCAGACGAAGCAAACGUAGCAAAUGUAGCAGACAAAUCAAAGGGAGAAACCCUAGUCGAAGUCGAGGUGAAGAAGGGGGCUAGCGAAAAAGAAGCCAAAAAUGAGGGGACGCAGAACGGAGCACAACGCGAAGACAAAGAAGUGAGAGAGGAAAAACCCGACAUGACGCGAAGGACUAAGGGUAGCCAAGACGCAGAAAAGGGAAGAGGUGAAAGGGGCACGAAGAAGAAACCGCCACGAGUGCAGGACGAAGAAAUAAACGACUGCCUCAAUGACUACUUAACGAAUCUCAAAAAAAAAGAAAAAAAAAAAAACAACUGGGCAUUGUAUGGAAGGCCCAAGGUGGAAAGGGAAAGAAACACCAUCCUUAGAAGGCUAUCAACCUCCAGGAGUGACAGCGGGUUUAACGAGGUUGCCUAUUUGGCAGAACGCUUUUUCGAAGCAGUUACAGGUUAUCGCAGUGACCCCGACGGGUAUGACUGCAGUGAGAGGGGAAGUGGAGAC